GUAGUUAGAAUAAGCGGCUGCUGCUCGGUGGUUUUCGCACGACGGCGCGCGAAUGGAUGUCGAGUUCUGGAAUCAGUAAAGUGAAUGUACUUGCUAUUAGUGUUCGUGAAUACGAAAUAAUUAUGAGGUGCGCGGUAGUCGUGUUGGAUUCCUAUUAUUUUACGAAUGUGCACUGAAUGGGCGCCGAACGAGUGUCAAACGAUUCACGUGCGUCUGACUGCUCGCGAUGCAGCCCAUGUUAAAAGUUAUUCAGUGCCUGCAAAUUAUAUACUUGUACGGUAUCAAGAAGUCAGGAUGGCAGGCAAUAAAGCUCAAAUUAACGCUGUACAGACCAAGCCUGUUGAGGUCUCUCAGCAGAUACAGGAUGGAGAGAAGUUUAUUAAAUGGGAUGAGGAUUCUGGAGCUGCAACGCCAGUAACAUUGAAAGUAGAUAAAUUUGGUUUUUAUCUGCAUUGGGUAGAUCAAAAUAAUGAGAUGGAUAUCUUGGACAUAGCUACAAUACGAGAUACACGCACAGGAAAAUAUGCCAAAAUACCAAAGGAUUCAAAACUAAAAUCUCUUGUAACUAUGGGAUCUCAAGACUCUUUAGAAGACAAAACUGUAACAAUUUGUUAUGGAUCUGACUUUGUUAAUAUGACAUUUAUUAAUUUUUGCACAACGCGUGCUGAGAUUGCCCAACAUUGGACCGAUCAACUUCUGCAGUUAGCAUACAAUUUAACACAGCUCAACACAAGUACAACUAUGUUUUUGCAGAAGGCACAUACAAGAUUAGUACUCACAGUUGAUAAAGCAGGCAAAAUACCAGUAAAGAAUAUAAUUAGAAUGUUUACGCAAAAUAAGGAAGAUCGUAAACGCGUAGAAAAAGCACUUGAUAUAUCAGGUCUGCCAUCUGGAAAAAAUGAUGCUGUACCUCUUCAGAAAUUCCAAUUUGAAGAUUUUUUUAAUUUUUAUAAAUCUCUUACACAGAGAUCAGAUGUAGAAAAAGUAUUUGAAGGAAUUGUGGGCAAUACAAAACGUAGAUUAAUGUCCGUUAAACAGUUUGUAGAGUUUUUAAAUUUAACGCAAAGGGAUCCGCGAUUAAAUGAAAUACUUUAUCCAUAUGCAAAUGAAGCAAGAGCAAAAGACAUAAUAAUACAAUAUGAACCAAAUAAAUAUAAUGCUAAUCGAGGACAGUUAAGUUUUGAUGGAUUUCUAAGAUAUUUAAUGAGUGAGGAUAAUCCAAUUGUUGCUGUGACCAAAUUUGAACUUUCAGAUGAUAUGGAUCAACCACUUGCUCAUUAUUUUAUAAAUUCUAGUCACAAUACUUAUUUAACAGGUCAUCAGCUUACAGGGAAAAGUUCAGUAGAAAUUUAUCGUCAAUGUUUACUUGCUGGUUGCCGCUGCGUCGAACUAGACUUUUGGAAUGGAAAGUUUGAUGAACCAGUUAUUGUUCAUGGGUAUACAUUUGUACCUGAAAUUCAUGCACGAGAUGUCAUAGAGGCAAUUGCUGAGAGUGCCUUUAAAACAUCGGAAUUUCCCGUAAUACUUAGUUUUGAAAAUCACUGUAAUCCACGGCAGCAAGCUAAAAUAGCACAAUAUUGUAGAGAGUUAUUUGGUGAAAUGUUAUUAGAUGCACCUCUGGAGUCUCAUAAACUGGAACCUGGACAAGAAUUACCUCCUCCAGCUUUACUUAAACGUAAAAUUAUAAUAAAAAAUAAGAAGAAACAUCAUCAUCACCACCACAAGAAGCAUCAUAAAAAGCAACAUGCAUUACCGUUGGAGGGUGAAGAAACUCCUCAAGAAACCGAUGAGAAUGGCAUAGUAAAUCCAGCCGCUGAAGGGGAAAAUGGGCCACCGCCGGAUAUAAUACCCGAAAACGAAGUAGUCGACGGGGUCGUUAACAACGGCGAACAACAAAUCAGGAAUGGAGAUGUAUCUCAUGCACCGAUGCUUCAGCAGAGACAGAAUAGUAGAGAUAGUACGCAAGAAGACGAUGAUGAUGAAGACGAGUCAAGUACAGAGGAAGAUGAAUCUAAUGUAGAAGACAUCAAAUUUAGGAUGGGUGAUAAAGUUCCUGCACCCGAUAAAGUAGCAACUUCAGCGAAAGAAACAGAAGCAGGCGCGGAAAUUUCAGCAUUAGUCAAUUACGUGCAACCUGUUCAUUUUAAUAGUUUUGAAUCAGCUGAAAAAAAAAAUCGAAUGUACGAAAUGUCAUCGUUUGACGAAAAACAGGCAACGACGCUUCUAAAGGAAAGACCAUUGGAAUUUGUUAAUUACAAUAAACAUCAAUUGUCGAGAGUUUAUCCAGCCGGAACACGAUUCGAUUCGAGUAACUUUAUGCCUCAAGUAUUUUGGAAUGCAGGUUGCCAAUUAGUUGCUCUCAAUUAUCAAACACUUGAUUUGGCGAUGCAGCUGAAUUUGGGAAUUUUUGAAUACAAUCAACGUUGUGGUUAUAUAUUAAAGCCAGAAUUUAUGAGACGAAAGGAUCGUCGAUUGGAUCCUUUUGCGGAAUCAACGGUCGAUGGUAUCAUAGCAGGGACGGUACAUAUCCAUGUAAUUUCAGCUCAAUUUCUGACUGAUAAAAGGGUAGGAACGUAUGUGGAGGUGGAUAUGUUUGGUCUUCCAGCGGACACAGUGAGAAAGAAAUUUCGUACGAAAAUUGUUCCUAAUAAUGGGAUUAAUCCUGUUUACGACGAGGAACCAUUUGUAUUUAAAAAGGUAGUAUUGCCAGAAUUAGCUUCCAUCAGAAUAGCCGCGUAUGAAGAAUCUGGCCGAUUGAUCGGUCAUAGAGUAUUACCUGUUGUGGGAUUGUGUCCAGGAUACCGACACGUUGCACUUAGAACAGAAUGUGGUCAACCAUUACCAUUAGCGAGUCUAUUUUUACAUGUGAUUGUCAAAGAUUACGUACCAGAUGGCCUUAGUGAAUUAGCCGAAGCAUUGGCCAAUCCGAUAAAAUAUCAAAGCGAAGUGGAAAAGAGAGAGAAGCAAUUAAUGGUUCUUACUGAUUGCUUAGACGAACCUUCUGAAGAAAUUGAGGAAAAAGAUAAAGUUGGCGAAACACCAACUGCUUCUAAAUCGACCGAAGAGACUGUUAAGACAAAACGAGUGCAAUCAGUAGGUGAAUUACCAGCUCCUCAACCAGCGACAAGCAGUACACAUGGUAGACCAUCGAUUAUUGGUAUAAAUACUUCUGAAACACCAGAAGUUGAAGAUAAUGCACCAUCUCCUGUAGUCCAGUUCGUUGAUGCAUCUGCAAAUAAAAGUCCGGUCAAUGCUAGUAGUACGAGCGAAGAGGUAAUAGCUGAAUCUUUGGAAAAACUUAUGGAAAAUAAACUCGUAAAGGAGAAGAAAUCGGAGCUUGAGAAAAAGUUGGAAUCUUUGAGGAAAAAACAUGAGAAGGAAAAAAUACGAAUACAGUCUCAAAAGGGUUCUCUCGAUGGAGAAAAGCAUAAGUCUAAGUUUUGUAUGAGUCAUAAAUUGGUGAAACGAUUAUCAAGUAGAAACAUCUUUUCAAGCGACGUGGGUUUAAGUACUCUAGCUCUGGCAGAAACUUCCGAAUGUUCUGAAAUGGAAAAUCGUGAAGGCGUUGAAGGUUUAUCAAGAGGUUUACCUAGGAGUCAAAGUGAACGAUUAUUGGCUGUUUGUAAAGCACACAUGCUACAGGAACGUGAGUUACAAGAGAAAUAUCAUGAAAGCGUAUUUGCCACGGUAGAGAAAGUGAUGCGAACAUCGCAAUCGAAUCAAUUGAAAACAUUGAAAGUUCUACAGGAAAGGGAAACUGCUGAUGUUAUGCGUAAACUUCAAGCUAGUAGACACGGCGAGGUCAAGCAAUUAGCUAAGGUUCAUAAGGACAAGGCCGAAUUAGAUCGGAUGAAGAGAGAGGUCGCUAAGUCGACAGUGGAGAAAGGUGUUAACGAAUGUACUAGAUUGAAAAAAAUUUAUGAGAAAAAGAGAGCGGAGUUGGAAAGGCAACACGAAGAGGUCCGACAGAGGUUGGAGGAGGAAAGAGCUAAUAUAAAAGCCGCUCUGCAGGCAGAGUAUAAUAGUCGUUGUAGCAAAUAUGAAAGUGGAGAGUUACCAUUAUCACCAUCAGGUGGUACCAGUAUGCCUGAAUCACUCAGUGAGAAUACAUAUUAAUUAAUGAGGCGAGAUGAUAUUCUACAUUACAUUGUCUCAGUGAAAAUUUGGACAAUAUACCAAAUGGAAAUAUUGACGAUAUUGGUACAUUGAAUAGUUCUUGAUGAAACUCUAUCUGACGAUAGCGGAAUAGAAAAGUGGAUUUGUAAAACGGCAGAUAUACUUUUUGAAAAGUGAAAAAAGAAAAGAAACCAAAAAGAGAGAGAGAAUAUGAUUUUAGGCAGCUCGUCAACUGUAAAAAUUUCGAUGAGCAAGGUCUCUAUACUACAUACAUCGUGUGUACAUAAAAUGAGAUUUUAAUGUCUAACGUCUCGAUUUUCAAAUUCGAAUGACGUAUAAGAUAAUUUUAUAUCUUCUUAGAUAAAUUUAUCUCUUACGUUAAUACCAUAAAAAUAUAUAUAUGUAUAUAUAUAUAGAGUGUCUAAACGAAAAAUGUCCACCAGAAUGAUUAUGAAAUCUAAUGAUUUUUUCAAGAAACGCUGAGACAGAUUAAUUUUGUUCUUGAGAGAGACGGGUCCUUAUCACAAAUUGUUCCAUCUUGGAUCAACCUUCUAAAAGGGCUGAAAAUAUUCACUCUUCGAAAAAUCUUAAAUAGCAACAAGGAUCAAAUGAUAUAUCAUUUGAAAGAUCUUUUAAUUCUCUUUAUGAUUGUGCUAUUUUUCAAUUUUGAGUCAAUAAUUUUCGGGAAAAUACAUUUUUAAAUUUCUAUUUGAAAACAACUUUUAUUUUAUGAAAUAUUGUGUAUUUUCCAUCUCUAUGUAAUAAUAAAGUCUUUGUUUCCUUAUAUAGAUCAUUUUGUAUUAAAUUUGGCGUAUUCUUCGACUAUGCAUAGAAAAAAAUUAAAAAGUGUAAAUGAUUAGGAAAAUGCUGAUUUAAAACGUUUUGAAAAAACACUUCUUCCGGUAUAUUCAGGUCUGUUUGAAUAAUUUAUACGAUCAAUGAGUAAAUCUGAUUCUUAAGUAAUUCUAAGUACGACUUUCCGCUCAAAUUAUUUGAUAAAAAGAGUGGAUCAAUAAUUUUGUUAUACAAUAUAAUAGCCCAUGCAUUCAUAGGAUUAUACCAGACGUAUACUGUAAUAUGUUCAACGUACUAUUCAGCAAAGAUUUUAUUACUCCAUGCAAUACGCAUUUGAAUAUUUAAUAAAUUGAAAGUACUUUUGAAAAGUAAUUUCGAAACGCGUAAAAUUCGAAAUGCAUUUUAUCGAGGAUUGAUUGACUCAAAAUUAAAAAAAGAAAAAGAAAAGAAAAGAAAACAAGAUAUAGCACUAUCGUAAAGAGAAUUAAAAUAUCUUUCAAAUGACGUGCCGCUUGACCCCUGUUAUCACUUAAAAUUUUUAAGGGGGUUAGCUCAAAAUAAAUGAAUAUACGAUAAGAUCUAUCUCUCUUAAUAAUAAAAUUGACUUGUCCCGGUGUUUCUCGAAAAAAUCACUUAGAUUAUAUAAAAAUUCUGAUGGAUACUUUCCAUUGGGAUACUUUGGUAUGUACAUAAUACAUAUAUAUGUAUAUGUAUAUACACACGCAUAUAUACGUAUUAUUAAUCGAAUGAAUAAACGCAUUUGAAACCGAAUCUGAGUUUGGAUCGAUCGAGGUUUAUCGAGCAUACGAGCAUGCUGCCUUUCGAUCUCUUUGUUAUCGACAAACAUUUCAUCGAUUCUUUAAACAGAAGAGUAAAUAAAUUAUGUCAGACAUUUUAAAACAACCGAGUUAAAUCUGCCGUUGUUUAUACAGUAUUAAAAAGAUACUACUCAUUGAAAACUAAUGGAACAUUGAUUUCCGUUCUCAUUGUUAUUAAUUAUGAGAAAAGUGUGGAAAAAGGAUAUAUAUAUAUGUAUAUAUAUGUAUAUAUAUAUAUAUGUAUAUAUAUAUGUAUAUAUAUAUAUGUAUGUAUUUGAAGAAAGAGAAAGAGAGAGUAUAUAUAAUUCUAAAUAAGAGAGUAAAUCUUCCUAAGUGCUAACACUUAAUAUUGUUGUUAUAUGCAUAAGGCGUUAUUUAAUUAAACCAGACUACUUCUAAAUCGCGUUCCAAAAUGCUAUCUAUAUCGACGUUACGAUGAUCUAUAAUCGUAGAAAAUGAUUCGAUCGUCUUCGUCAAACAUCGGUAGAUCACAGUUAAAAACGAAUUCUCUUUGGCCUAGAAGAGAAUCGUUGAGACAUAGCAAAGAUCUGAAAAAGCACAUACGUGAUCUGAUAUAUAUAUAUAUAUAUAUAUAUAUAUAUAUAUAUAUAUAUAUAUAUAUAUACAUAUAUUUUGACUGAAAGUACUCCAUAUUAAAGACAUUUUUAGAAAUGAAAUCUGGUUCAUAUUCUGAAUAUAUUGGAAAAAAUUAUUAUUUUCCGUUUGGAUCUUUCGCGUUCGAUAAUGAAUUCGUUUUUGAUAUAAUACGUACGUUUUCAUAUACUAGUAAAUAUAUAUAUAUACACAUGUAUAUAUAUAUAUAUAUAUAUAUAUAUAUCUGACAGAUUAAUCAUAUAUUUUUUACAUUCGUUUGUCAGCUUUUAUUUGGUAAUAAAUCGUGAAGAACAUCGCUGUGAUCUUACGAGAGGGUUCUUAGAUGAUUCGUACAUUUGCAUGAACGUUUUGUUUGGACGCGAAAGAGUUAAAAACAAAAAGAAAACUAAUGUAAAAAAAAGAAGAAGAAUAGAACAGAAGGAAGAGAAAAAAGAAAACGAUAAAAAAAACGAAGAAUGAUAGAUAAUCUCAGAUUUUCUCUGAUCACGUGCGUAUAUACAGAUACUUCUUGUUUUACGAAUUUGAUUUAACAUUAUUAAGAUUUUUAAUGGUAAAAAUUGGAAUUGUUAGGAACAGAAGAUACGUUUGUUAUAUAUUGCAUCGAUGAGAAGUGUAUAUUCUCAUUAUAGAAAAGUAUGAUUAAGAAGGAGGAGUUCAUUUGUAAAGACGAGAAUGAUCUGUAUAAAUUUCAAGCUGUGUAGUCUCCGAUUGUGUUGACUACACAAGCGGAACCUCUUUCGAGGAAGACAAUCAAAAAUGUUACUUCGUGUAACAUUGUCCUUAUUGUUUCUAUUGUAUAUGUUUAACUAUGUAAGUUACGCAUAUAUAUAUAUAUAUAUGUAUAUAUACAUAUAUAUAAUAAUAAUAAUAAUAAUAAUAAUAAUAAUAAUAAUAAUAAUAAUAAUAAUAAUAUAUAUAUGUAUAUAUAUAUAUAAUAAUAAUAUAAGAUAUAUCGUAAUCGUACGAGAGAAAUCUUAUUAUAAUUGUAAAUGGACUUAGGGUAUAUUAUCUUGUCCGAGUGAUCUAUUUAAGAGAAUUUAUCUUAUAUGCGUGUGUGCGUGUGCGUGCGUGAGUAUGUCUGUACGUAUGUAUAAUCCUGUUGUGUGUCUAACUUUCAAUCGAUCGCAAAUUGUCGAGAGCUGCUACUACUACUAUAUUAGUGGGAUUUAUAGAAAAGAAAAAAAAAGACUAUGAUAUUUAUGCGAUGUAGACGUUUGUUGAAUUAUUUUAGCGAGGCGCCGUGUUGCUACUGUGUCCUUUAAGUUUCCGAAGGGUUGCAUAUAUAUGUAUAUAUAUAUGUAUAUAUAUUUAUAUGUAUAUGUAUAUGUAUAUAUGUAUAUAUGUGUAAAUCGUUCCCUUCGAUCUGGAGACUGAGCCCAAAUGAAGGGCUGUUGAUAAACUAUGAUCUAUCGUUGAUACUUUGCCGCUGCCGCUUUAUUUAUUUCAACGAGAUAUUUUUUUACACUUCGACGUUAAGCUUUUUGCACCACGUCGCGCGUGUGAAAGAGAGAGAAAGAAAAAAAGAAAGAGAAAGAGAAAGAAAGAAAAAAGAAAUAAGAAAUAUACCACCCGACACCCGACGGGUCAAUCCUAACGUCAAUGUUUUUGUGAUCUAGUACGCGAUAUAAUCGAUAUAUAUAUAUAUAUAUAUAUAUAUAUAUAUCUAUAUAUAUAUAUAUAUGUAUAUAUAGAGAGAGAGAAAGAUAUAUACAUAUAUACUUCAAAUACGUGAUCUCAUGGCAUUUAACGUUUGCAAAUUCCAAUAUUCUCGUUCGCGUGAUGUUAUGGGAUUAUUUCGAGAACGAUUUGUCGUCAGAUAUUAAUGUCGAUAAAUAUUUUCAAAUAGAGAUGGUUUAAUAAUAUCGUUGUUUUACAGGAAUCAAUAAAUUAUAUUCUUCAGAGCGAUACACAAUAUAUAUAUAUAUAUAUAUAUAUAUAUAUAUAUAUAUAUAUAUGGAAACAAAUAGAAUUUAUAUUUAUUCUUUUUAUGUUGAAAUCUAAAAUAUUUUCACAUGAAAUAUAUAUAUCGGUAUAUACGAGGAUGAGAUAUUAACAAAAUUCUUUUUGAUUUUCAUUUGACUAUUUCAAGAGAUUAAAUUUACAAUUUUGAAAAGUGAAUAAGAAGAAUUGCAUCGUGCCCAUCCAAUUACAAUAUCCAUGAUGAGAUCGUUAAUUGAUUAAAUAUAAACUUUGUCUUUUUCCUUUUACAUUCAUAAGUAUAAUUUAUAAAUUUUGAGGAUCCACGUUAAAAAAUUUUACGUAAAAGAGAAUCUUUUUUUUUUUUUUAUUAACGACUGCGCUCGCUCAAAAUUAAUUGAAAAGGAACACGUUUCAUUUAAGAAUGAUAAUGAGUACAGAUAGAUAAGCAUUUAAAAAAAAGAAAAGAUGAUAAUACACUUGGUUUCCUCUCUACCUAGCAAAUAUUAAUAUUACCAAAUUAAGCAGUGAACAAGAGAAUGCUCUAUUAAAUGAUGAGAAUGUUUCGGGUUCAUAUAAAUGUGUGCCGUAUUUAAUAUAAUCCCACGAAAACAUGUACGUAUACGUAUACAUUGAUGUUCUAUACAUUAGAAAGAAUUAUGUGUGACUUUAUAGCCUGUUAGGCUUUAUUGGAGGAUCUCUAGAGAGAGUAUAAGAUGAGAUAUUAUACUAUAUUUAGAUCGUUUAUAAUAAUUGGGUAUAAUCAAUUGUAAAAGAUUUACAUUUUGAAUAUGUUCAAGCACAGAUAUACCCUUUUUCCAGUGUGAUUCUUUGCCAUUAAUUUCCUUUAAUUUUAAUUUCUUUUUGUUUAGAUUUUCUCAAGUUACUCCUAUUGUUUGAAACUCCUGUUACAAAUCUUUUUAUACGAACUUUCUUUGUUAUUGUAUUAAUUGUCCGUAUAAAUUAAUUAUCGUAUCUUUGUAUACGUCUAUCAUGUAAGAUACUUUAUAUACAGAACAGCAGGUGUAUAUUACAAAGUUUCUUUUUAUAUUAUGUAAUAUGCGUAUACACUUGCGUAAAAAUUACGUAUUUGUUAUAUUACGUAUAGAGAUAUAUGCAUAUUAUAUAAAUAUAAAUAUAUAUAUAUACCACUGUAUAUAUAGUUAAGAUAAUAAUAAAUAUAUAUAUAUAUAUAUGUAUAUGUAUAUAUAUAUAUAUUAUCGAUGUUGAAUAUAUUACGUGUUGUUGCUGUUGAUGUUGUUAAUAGUAGAAUAGAGAAUUACAAGUUAGAUCUGGUGUGUCACGGCUAUUUUUUAGAAAAAUACCUUACUAGUUUGAUUUUAUCGAAUGCAAUACACAACAAUUUCAUUGAUAUAUAUAUUUAUAUAUACAUAUAUAUAUACAUCAGUUUCUUUAGUGCCAAUCAAAUUACAACACAUCAUGAUUUAUCAAUAAUUUUUACGUUUAUCAAUCAAGUCGAACCGUUGACUUUAAUGCUGCGAUCUUGCCAAACUUAUUAAAUCAUUUAUCUCGGCUUUAAGUUGUUGUUAAUAUACGUAAAUACGUAAUAUGAAAGUACGAUUUCUCCGAAUGCAAAGAUUUUAUUGUACAAAGAGAAAUUAUAUAUAUAUAUAUCGGGUAUAUACAUAAUAUAUAUACAUAUAUAUAUAUAUGUAUAUAUAAUAUUUUAUAUGUGUAUGUAUAUAUACAUAUAUAUACACAUAUUGUAUAAAUUAUUGUACAGUAUCAUUGUACGGCCUACGGAAGAUCGUAUAAAAAUCAGUUGGUUUUAUUUAUUGUUUUAAACAAUCCAUCGGUUCAUUUUUUCGAGUAAGAUAAUGGUAUGCAUUUAAAAAAAAAAAAGUCAAACGUAGACGUGCAAUGGAUAUUUUUUUUAUUUCUUUGGAUCUUCCAUUACGCGUUAAGAAAUAGAUCUUAUAUUUCAUGCUUCUUUAUGAUCGAUCUUUGAUCUCCGUCGAAUAUAUGUAUAUUUACUAUCAUAUGUAACAACGAUUUUCCGUACCUGAAUAUGUAUCAAAUAUGUUUUCAAAGUUGAUCUUAAUUUUUUGGAGAUGUGUUUUACGUCGAUUCACGGUACGCUAUAAUAGUAUGUAUUAGUUGUAUUAGCUUGGUGAUCACAGUGAACGAUUACGCGUAGUUUAAUCGUAAUAAUAAUUCUUUUUUUCCUUUUUGUUUUUACUUCUUAUAAUUUUAGUAUUUUUUUCUUCUUCUUUUUUCCUUUUUUUGAAAGUGAAGAUAUUUUUUGCUUUCGAAAUUUGUAUAUUCUUCUUCCGUUUAUCCAAAGUAUUCUAAUUAGAUGGAUCAGGGAUUUUUUUUACAGAUUAGUUUGAUCGAUUUCGUAUCGAUUAUUAGUUAAAUGAAUACACACACACACACACACACACACACACACACACACACACAUAUAUAUAUAUAGGAGAAAUCGUAUAACGCUGCGUCAGAAUUUUAUUUUUAUUCAAAUAUAAAACAUUAUUAGUAUUUUAAAUAUAAAAAUAUAAUGUAAUCUGUUUCUCGUAUCUCUAUCUCUUUUUAUAAAUGAUUUUUAAUAUUGAUCACGUUAUACGAUUUAUCUUUUAGACAUUAAAUAUUUGCAUAUAAUCAAAAUAAGAAUGGAUUAUAAUUGAAUGAAGCGAAUAUGUAGUUUUUAGGUAAUGAUCAAUGUUGUCGUAUGCACAAGAAGAAUAUAUGUAUGGAGACAUUUCCAUUUCAAAUAGAAAUUCAAAGAAAACAUGUAUUUUUAUCUAUUAAUUUAUUUAACAAGAUCAGUUUCUCUUAUAUCUUUUUCUACAAUGAAAAUAUAUUAUAUCAUCUGUUUUACUUGAUCGAAUUAAAUGGAUCUAAUGCUUUAUAUAUAUUCUUCGGAUUUUUAUUUGCAUUAAAAUAGCAAAUAGAUAGUUCAAAAAUGUUGUCUUCCUCAAAAAUAGGACUCGUAUAUCGUGAUCGAAACGUUAAUAUUUAAAAAUUGUACCUUUUAAUUGUUCCACUUUUGUUAUGUCGUUUUCCCUCCAUUCAUCUUUAAUUAUUACUAUUACUAUUACUAUUACUAUUACUAUUACUAUUACUAUUACUAUUACUAUUACUACUACUAUUAUUAUUACUAUCACUAUUACUAUUACUAUUAUUAUUACUAUCACUAUUACUAUUACUAUUACUAUUAUUAUCAUAAUUAUUUAUUUCCUCAUAUUUCUAUCGAUGGUUUUAUGUGAUACACAAUUAACAGAUACAUUUAAUAUGAAUUUUAUAAUAUAGGAGUCCAAUACUCAUCUCGCAUAUUUCUUCUAUGCAUUUCAUUUUAAUUUUUUUUUUCUUUUUCUCUCCCGAUUUUGUACAUGUGAUUAUGUCGAUAAUAAUGAUUUUUGUUGUGUUCACGCUUUGUUCUUCUUUUUUUAUUUUUUGUUUAUUAUUUUCCGAUCGUAUCCUCUUUCCUUAAGUCAUAUCUCUAUAUGCAUGCUAUUUUUUAUAGAUAUUUUCCUCGCUUAAUUGAUCUUCCAUUUUUCUUUUCACAUUCCAAUCGUUAACUUUUACGAGCUCGAAAAACAUUAUAAUACCGAUCUCUGUAUUAUUAUUUCUUUUUCUUUUUCUCUUUUUCUACUGAUAAGAUAUGUAACGUCAUAUAGAUUUUUAAAUUAUACAAGAAAAUUUCUUCAUAUCGUAUAUAAUAUUAUCUGUAAUUUUAUUUCGAGCUAGUUCGUCAAUGGGUUAGUGUCGAUUCAAUUGUGUCGAGUGUGACUCGAUAAUUAUAAAAUAUAUUAAUAAAUUACUCGGUAUAUAUUAAUAAUCAUUGAAUCGUUUUGUUCUACGUUACAAUUAUGAAACAGAAGUGAAAAAUUUAAUCGUUAAUCGAAUAAUUGUUCACUACUGGUGUACAGUAGGUGCCCAAGCGAAAGUCAAUGGUAUUUAAAGAGAUAAACAAAGAAAAUGAAAAUCAAUUCAGCAUUAGGAUUAUUAAAACAACAAAGAGAUUAGUUUUCAUUCAAAAAUAAUUUCUCCUCUCAUUCACUUGUGCCUUGCCCUCGAUCAUCCUUCAUCAUUCGGUAGUCCAAACAUUUGUUCCCUCUUAUCCUCAUAAAAAAAAAAAGAAAAAAAAAAACAAACCAACAAACAAACAAAAAAACUAAUGUUUAAAUAAUUAAGAAAUUAAACGUUUUCAAUGUUCGAUGUUCUUUCUACGAUUAAGAAUAUACGAGUUAAGUAACGCACUCGAUAUACGUAUAUAUAGUAUAUAUACUUAUAUAUAUAUCGCUUCAUUAAUUGUAACGUCGUAGAGUGUAAUUAAAAGAUGUACGUACCUAUUAUAUCUAUCGCAUAUAAGUAAUUAAAAGUUAAGGCACAUAAGAUUAGGUGAAUCGUCAGUUUAGGAUCUUUUUACGAGCAAUACUCGUCUAAUCCUGAAAGGAUCUCCUAUAUUUCGAACGAAUGAUUCCGAAUCAAUCGCAACUCUUUUAUUCUAAUCUGAAGUGCGCUAUUGUAAACUAACUGGAAAUAACAAAAAUGAAUUUCAAGUGAUAAAGAUAUAGAUAAUUUCGAAUGACCGAUAAGAUUUUACAAUUAUCGAGUCAAUAAUCGAGUCAAUGUAUCCCGUCUGCAACAUUAUUAAUGAAUUAUUACUUAUACACUUACUUGCUUACUUACUUACUUACUUACUUACUUACUUACUUACUUACUUACUUACUUAUAUUAAUUAAGAAUCGUAGGUCGAAGUUAUAUAUGAAAGAUUUGUGUUGUGUAAAAUCGAUGUUUCCUAUUUCGCAACUGACACACAAAUUUAUAGAAUACAGAUGUUGAUAAGAAAUGAGUAUAUUAAUAAUCAUUAUUGAUAAUAUGUGUAUAUUUAAUUUACAACUUGUCUCUAUUAUUGUGUUUCAGAAAAAGAAAAUCUAUGUAUAUUGAUAAAAUACUUUCGCAUGCGCGAUCGUUCGUAAUGCUUCCAACGCGUUAAGGAUUCCUUUUAAGUCUUCCUUCUUAAUCUCGUUUUAUGAAAAUUAUCUAAUUGUCGCGACUCGCAAUUAACAUAUAAUAUACAAUAUAUAUACAUAUAUAUAUAUGUAUAUAUAUAUGUAUAUAUAUAUAUGUAUAUAUUUCUAAUACACGAAUAUAUAUGUGCGUGUGUAUACGUCGAGUAAAAAAUAAGAAGAGAUUCUGAGAUGAAGCGUUGUAAAUUAAAACGAUUGUUAUAUUCGGAUUGAAACAUGCUUGAAGGAAGAAAUGAUAUUAAAUGAAGAUUUGUUUACAAAAUUAUAAUAAAAAACUUUUCUGUGCAUGUUAAAAUCUGAACAAUAGUCUGCGUAUCGAUAUAUAAUAUAUACGCACACAAUACACACACACUUAUAUAUUAUAUGCAUAUAUAUGUAUAAAUAUAUAUGUAUAUAUAUAUAUAUAAAAUUGCUAUUAAUAAACCAUAAAAUAAGCCGUCAAACUGGAUGUAUUUUCUAGACAAAAAAAGAAGAACGGAAUUUAGAGAAAAUGUUGUUACCUGCUUUGGUGAAUAAAAAACCACACGAUGAUCCAAGAGUUAUAACGAUAUUCUAUAAAUGGCUGUAUUGUAUUGUAAAAUUAAAGGCACAGUAUACAAUAAACUUUAUUGUCGUAGGA